GGCCGCCGAAGUGCCGUGGGAGCGCCGCGCGGGAAGGAUGCGUUACCUGCGUCCCCUCCUCAGGGAGCGGCCGGGCGAGCUGGAGGAUUCUCUGUGAAGGACUCGAAACUCCGCAGUUGGUCUCCUGCCACAGGCUGGGGUGGACCUGAGCCUCGGCUCUUGUCUGAGCUGUGUCCACGGGCAGGAGGAUGGCAGACGGGAAUUGAGAGUCGUGGAGGAAGGACGGGGGAGCCUGGCGUCUCCUUGGUGACCUUAAAGGAUUGCUCUUUAGUGUCACUCAGGAUCUACUAAGCAUAAUUUCUUGGAUGACUGUGGCAAAAGGAUAUCUGUACAGAACCAGUUCCUUUCUGAAGUUUAUAAUCGGGGCCCUGUUUUCAGAGAGAAGGGCAUUUUUUAAUGAAGAAACAUCAGAGCCGCUAAAUACACUGGGACACAGGCAAUCCUCGUCACCAAGGAUGGCUUUCUCUUGGAAACUUAUUCUGUUUCUGUCAAUCACUGGGUGUCUUUCAGAGUAUUCUGGAGCUCUUCCUGGCCUCCCUACUUCAUAUGCUGCUUUGCAAAGAAUUAAGAAGAGUUCCUCUUCAGCCCUGUAUGGUUCAAGGACUAGACCACGAUAUAGCAGCCCUUCAUUAGGAACACUGAGUGUUUCUUCACCAAGCUGGCGAGGGGCAGCUCAACAUUAUUAUUCCCCCAUCAAUCUUUAUCAUCCCUCAGAUGCCUUCAAACAAGAUGAAAGUGUGGAUUACGGGCCAGUGUUUGUGCAAGAACCAGAUGAUAUAAUUUUCCCGACUGAUUCUGAUGAAAAGAAAGUAGCACUGAAUUGUGAAGCUCGUGGCAACCCAGUUCCCAAUUACAGAUGGCUUCGAAAUGGAACAGAAAUAGAUUUGGAAAGUGAUUAUCGCUACAGUUUGAUAGACGGGGCCUUUAUUAUAAGCAAUCCAAGUGAAGCAAAGGAUUUUGGUCAUUAUCAGUGUUUGGCAGCCAACACAUUUGGAAGUAUUCUUAGUAGAGAAGUCAUACUUCAGUUUGCCUAUCUGGGCAACUUCAGCGGCCGGACGAGAAGCGCGGUGUCCGUGCGGGAAGGCCAAGGCGUCGUCCUCCUCUGCUCGCCGCCGCCUCACUCGCCGGAAAUCAUCUAUAGCUGGGUAUUUAACGAGUUCCCUUCCUUUGUGGCCGAAGACAGCCGGCGGUUCAUUUCCCAGGAGACAGGCAACCUUUAUAUUUCUAAAGUCCAAACAUCAGAUGUUGGCAGCUAUAUUUGUCUGGUGAAAAACACAGUGACGAAUGCUCGAGUACUUAGUCCUCCAACACCACUGACUCUGCGUAAUGAUGGUGUGAUGGGAGAAUAUGAGCCGAAAAUUGAGGUCCAUUUCCCUUUCACAGUUACAGCUGCUAAGGGAACAACUGUUAAGAUGGAGUGCUUUGCACUUGGCAACCCAGUUCCAACAAUCACAUGGAUGAAGGUUAACGGUUAUAUUCCUAGUAAGUCACGUCUGCGUAAAUCUCAGGCAGUACUGGAAAUACCCAACGUGCAGCUGGACGAUGCAGGCACAUAUGAGUGCAGAGCUGAAAACUCACGUGGAAAAAAUUCCUUUCGUGGACAGUUGCAAGUAUACACCUAUCCACACUGGGCAGAAAAACUGAAUGAUACUCAGUUAGACAGUGGGAGCCCUCUGCGAUGGGAAUGUAAGGCCACUGGAAAACCCGGGCCCACCUACCGCUGGCUGAAGAAUGGAGUGCCCCUCUUGCCCCAGAGUAGGGUUGAGAUGGUUAAUGGAGUAUUGAUGAUCCACAAUGUGAAUCAAUCAGAUGCUGGAAUGUAUCAGUGUCUGGCUGAAAAUAAAUAUGGAACCAUCUAUGCAAGUGCUGAGCUGAAGAUUUUAGCUUCAGCUCCCACUUUUGCACUGAAUCAACUGAAGAAAACAAUAAUUAUUCCCAAAGACCAAGAAGUCAUCAUAGAGUGCAAACCUCAAGGAUCUCCAAAACCAACUAUCUCUUGGAAGAAGGGAGACAAAGCAGUUAGAGAGAAUAAAAGAAUAGCUAUUCUUCCAGACGGGAGUCUCCGGAUCCUAAAUGCUUCUAAAUCAGAUGAGGGAAAAUAUGUUUGCCGAGGGGAAAAUGUCUUUGGUUCUGCUGAAAUCACAGCUACAGUAUCUGUAAAAGAACCUACAAGAAUAGAGCUUACUCCUAAAAGAACAGAGUUAACAGUGGGAGAAAGCAUUGUCCUUAAUUGCAAAGCAAUUCACGAUCCUAGUUUGGAUGUCACUUUCUACUGGACACUAAAAGGACAGCCUAUCAAUUUUGAAAAGGAAGGUGGACAUUUUGAAAGCAUCAGGGCCCAAGCAUCCUCUGCAGAUUUAAUGAUCAGGAACAUCCUUCUGAUGCAUGCUGGGAGAUAUGGCUGCAGGGUACAGACCUCAGCAGACAGUGUUUCAGAUGAGGCAGAACUUCUUGUUAGGGGUCCCCCAGGCCCACCAGGGAUAGUGAUCGUGGAGGACAUCACGGAGAGCACAGCCACGCUCUCCUGGAGCCCAGCGGCUGACAACCACAGCCCCAUCUCCUCCUACAACCUGCAGGCUCGCAGCCCCUUCUCCCUGGGCUGGCAAACGGUAAAAACAGUCCCAGAAGUCAUAACAGGGGACAUGGAAUCAGCCAUGGCAGUGGACCUGAACCCCUGGGUAGAAUAUGAAUUCAGAGUGGUGGCCACCAAUCCAAUUGGGACUGGAGAUCCAAGCACUCCAUCUCGAAUGAUCCGCACAAAUGAAGCAGUUCCAAAGACAGCACCUACCAAUGUAAGUGGAAGAAGUGGAAGAAGGCACGAGUUGGUCAUCGCCUGGGAGCCAGUAUCUGAAGAGUUUCAGAAUGGGGAAGGCUUUGGCUAUAUUGUGGCUUUCAGGCCCAAUGGAACACGUGGCUGGAAGGAAAAAAUGGUGACAUCCUCUGAAGCUUCAAAAUUCAUCUAUCGAGAUGAAAGUGUCCCUCCUCUUACUCCCUUUGAAGUGAAGGUUGGAGUUUAUAACAAUAAAGGGGAUGGACCCUUCAGUCAAAUUGUUGUCAUAUGUUCAGCUGAAGGAGAACCCACUGCUGCUCCCACAGAUGUCAAGGCUACAAGUAUGUCUGUGUCAGAGAUUCUUGUUGCAUGGAAACAUAUUAAAGAGAGUCUAGGAAGACCCCAGGGAUUUGAGAUUGGUUAUCGGAAAGACAUGGAACAAGAAGAUGCAGCAGAAACCGUCAAAACGAGGGGGAACGAGUCAUCCAUCAUCCUGACAGGAUUAGAAGGAAAUACGCUAUAUCACUUCACAGUGAGGGCUUAUAAUGGAGCUGGAUAUGGGCCACCCAGCAGUGAAGUGAGUGCAGCCACCAAGAAAUCCCCCCCCAGUCAAGCACCUAACAAUCUCAGGUGGGAGCAACAGGGUUCUCAGCUUUCUCUGGGCUGGGACCCCGUCAGACCAUUAGCCAACGAGUCUGAAGUCAUGGGCUACAAGGUUUUUUAUAGGCAAGAGGGUCACAGCAACAGUCAAGUUAUUGAAACGCAGAAACCUCAAGCAGUAGUCCCACUCCCAGAUGCUGGAGUCUAUAUUAUCGAAGUUCGAGCAUAUGGUGAAGGAGGGGAUGGAACCGCUAGUUCCCAAAUCAGGGUCCCAUCAUAUUCAGGUGGGAAAAUCACCAGUGCUCAGUCAGCCCUCCACACUCUCUCCAUGUCCUCAUCAGUAACGUUGCUUUUGGCAUUGAUGAUUCCUUCAACCCCUUGGUGAAAACUUCAGACUUAAUUUGAUUUUCUUUGCUUUAGCUUGAUAACUACAGUGAAUAGAGUAGUAAUGUAACUGGAAACUCAGGACCUUGAGAUGAGCGUUAAAAACUUGGAACUAUACAUGGUGCACUUAUAGGAGAUUGAGGGGAUAUUACUUAUCCAUCAGGUUUUUUUUUUUGGUUUUUGUAAAUGGAGAGGACAGUUCUUGGUCCAAUAAAAAUAUGCAGAUUGUAUGUAAUGAAAUUUUGUAAAUAAAAGUACUUUCUGUCAAAUGUAUUCUUUACUUUUUUAGUAUGUUGGAAUUUGAUUUUAUAUCUGAUGACCCUGAGUGUGUGCCAUCCAUUUGUUAAGUAAGUGGUCUCUAGCAGAUCUGUUUCAAACACAAACACAAAACAGAAUGAAAAAUUCACUUAAUACUCCAAGUCUACUGUUUUUAAUUUUUCCUUCAUCUGACUAUACCAAUCAACAAGCCAGCAGGAAAUAUGAAAAAAUACUUCAAUUGUGUGGUCAAUUAUAGGAUAGUACACAAAAAUUUUCCCACAAAAAUAUUGAAUGAUUGCAUUAUGAAGUAGCAAAAUUUGUCAAAUGCUAUUCUAUAUGCAUCCCUAGAGCCAGUUAUUAGGGUAGGGAGUAAGCCAUUUAUAUUAGUGCAAGGUAAAUAGAAAGUGAGUCCAAAUGAACUGAAGUGCUAUUGUUUUCAUCAAGUACUAUGUUAUCUAG